AUGAGUUCUCCUUUUGCCAAUCGUCGCAAGGCUCGCAAGGUUGGUGGUGAUGAAGAAGAAGACAGCGUGGAGAAUGGCAGCGAACAAGAUUCGGAGCCAGUCAUCCGGAGGCCAAACACCAAACCGAAGCAGAAAUCAAAAAUGCGCCUCUCCUUUGCUUCCGGAGAGACCUCCAUGACCGAUGAUACCGACUUGAAUGAAGGCGAAGUAAUAACCCCAAAAAGAAUUGGAGCGAGGAAACACGUUCUGGAGAAAAGCAGUCUUCACCGUGCAUGGACACCUUCAGCCUCGUCUGAGCAUCUACCUUUCCGCGCCGGCCAGCAAGAUGAUCGCCCAACCUAUAACCAAGACUAUCUCAAGGAACUCCGCAACUCCACCCCUUCGACCCCAAAGGACGUGGGAUCGAUGCAUACGAUUGAGAACGAGAGGGAAAGACAGCUGGAUAUCUCGGCGAAAUUUGGAGAGAUUGUUCAGGUUUCGGGACCAUCCAUCAUUCCCUCUGAAGCUGAGAUCCGCGAGAAAAAGGAGAGGCGCGCCCGUCUUGCCAUGGAACAGGCACAAGGUCCCGAGCAGGAUUUUAUUUCCCUAGAUGAUACUGGUGAUGAUGGCUGGUCGUUGGCUCGAAAGGAGGAGAAACUAGAAACGAGGCUUGUCCGGGAUGACGAAGAUUUCGCGGAGGGGUUUGACGAGUAUGUAGAAGAUGGCAAAAUCGCGCUGGGCAGAAUGGCGGAACGAGAGCAGCAAAUGAAAGAACGCGCGGAGAUGAAGGAACUGAUUGAUGAGGCGCAAGAAUCUUCCGAGGCGGACGAUUCAGAGGCAGAACGCAAAGCUGCUUACGAAGCUGCACAAACUCGAGCCGGAAUGGACGGUCUCCGACGCGACCACGAGAGUCUUCCCGCCCGAUCAAAAACACCUCCUAAGAUAACUCCCCUCCCUCGUCUUGCAGAUAACUUAGCUCGCCUGAGGAGUUCCCUCAGCUCCGUAGAGAGCUCAAAGGUGCAGCUUGUCCUGCGGCUGGAGGAACUUCGAAAGGAGAAAGUGGAGAUCGCAGCUAGAGAAGUGGAGAUCCAAACACUGCUGAAAAAGGCUGGAGAGAACUACGAGAGACUGAAGGCAGAGGCGGGGCUCAACCCGGGUGAUAGGAAUCUCCUACCAGGUACCGACGUCCAGGGCCAGCGUGGGCUGGAAAAUAUGGGAGGACACUCCGAAGCGGCAUCUGAAGCUGAGGUUCCGGACUGA